GCCGCGGUCGUCGCUCUGGACACGGUGAGGCAGGAGCUAUGGAAACCAGUGCGUGCGAGUCGGACGCCUUCGAUGCCAUCGUCAUGGCGGAGACGAGAUUUCAUGGUGAAGGCUAUCAAGAAGGUUAUACCGAAGGAAUUCAUGCUGGUGUCAUUGAAGGAAGGCAAUACGGAUUGCAGCAGGGUGCCAGCGUUGGCUUAGAAAUUGGAUCAUACCUUGGUUUUGCAGUGACAUGGCAGAGGCUGCUUCAUAAUGGCUCAGAUGAAAAACACAGGAAAAAGAUAAAAGUACUAGAGUCCUUAAUAGAGAUGAUUCAGAAAUUUCCUCGUGAGGAUUCAAUCUACGACAAACUUCAGGAAGACCUGGAGAACAUCAGAGGACGAUUUAAACAGGUGUGUUCGUUGCUGCAUAUUCCAUCUGAUUCUAGACUUGGUUCAGAGGGGUCUGCACUUACAUUCUGAAAGCAACAUGAGCAAAGAAGAUGACAGUUUCAGUAGGAUCUGAAGAAUCUGGGGAGGAUAAACUUGGGCUGAAAGAGAUGCACCUGCUCCUCCCCACCAGAGAAACGCUAGCCUUCCUACAGAGAUAAAGCCAAGAAAUUAAUGUUAUGCUAGUUAAAUGUUAUGUUAGUCUCAGCUUAGUUUGCAUACUCUGGGUUGUAUGCCGUGUUAGCCCUACCUACUUAGAGUAGACCCAUUGGAAUGAAUAGCAUUUAAGACUAACUUGUCUUAUUAAUUUCAGUGUGUCUUCUCUAAGUAGGACUAAUAUUGGACACAACCCCCUGGCUUAAGAAGGCAGUGGUUCUGUGCCGAUUCCUAUUGAUUAAAGUACUGUUCUUUUAAAUGUAUAUCAUUUAAAUGUUGUAAAUUAUCUUAGAA